AUGUAUGGCAAAAGGGCACGGAAAGAUGGAAACCAAAGCUCCUUGGGGGAAUUCAUCCUGCUAGGGGUGUCUGACUGGCCACAGUUGGAGCUGCUGCUCUUUGUGCACAUUUUAAUGUCCUAUAACAUAACCUUGAUUGGAAACAUCACCAUCAUUGUGGUCUCCUGGCUAGACCCCCAUCUCCACACGCCCAUGUAUUUCUUCCUCAGCAACCUCUCUUUCCUCGACCUCUGCUACACCAUCAGCUUUGGCCCCCAGAUGCUGCUGAAUUUCCAAAACACCCACAAAUCCAUCUCUUGGGCUGGCUGCAUGGCCCAGUUCUACAUCUCCCUCUCCCUGGGUUGCACCAAGUGUCUCCUGCUGGCCAUCAUAGCCUAUGACCGCUAUACCGCCAUCUACCAGCCACUUCUCUACAUAGCCAUCAUAAGCGUCUGCCUUUGCCUGCAGCUGGUGGCCACCGCCUGGUUGUGCAGCUUCAGCAAGUCCAUCCUGCAGGCCAUUCUGACCCUGAGGCUUCCCCGGUGUGGGCGUAACCAAAUCGAUAACCUGUUCUGCGAGGUGUGGGCCCUGCUCAAACUGGCAUAUGUCGACACCUCUGACAAUGAGGCUGAGGUCCUCGCCGGCUCAGUGAUUUUCCUAGUGGUUCGACUGGGCUUCAUCCUGAUGUCCUACAGCUACAUUGGCACCGCCGUGUUGAAGAUUUGCUCAGCGAAAGGCAGGUUCAAGGCUUUCAACACCUGUGCCUCCCACCUAGCCGUAGUGUCACUCGUUUAUGGCACAGCCAUUUCCACAUAUCUACAGCUGCCAUCCUUCUUCUACACCAUGAACCGGGGAAAGAUAUUAUCCCUCUUCUAUGCCACGGUGACCCCCAUGCUCAACCCCCUCAUCUACAUGUUGAGGAACAAGGAGGUGCACAGGGCGCUGCGGAGGGCACAUAUCUACAGCUGCCAUCCUUCUUCUACACCAUGA